UGAGAAGGUAAAAAAAACUGAAGAAGCAGAAAGGAAAAUUCCCAAUUUCAUUGGACCCAGCUCUCGAUCCACAACUGCUUCUAGCGGUCCAACCCUCUUCGUCUUAGACAAGUGAGAGAAAGCAAAUUAGAUAUUUCCUUUUUAAUUGGAAAUUUUGUGUGCGGUUUUUUUGAGGAUCCAUGGCUGCACCACCGGGAAGAGCUCGGGUUGAUUAUGAUGUCCUCGUUAAGCUUCUUUUGAUUGGUGAUAGUGGUGUAGGGAAGAGUUGUCUGCUUUUACGCUUUUCUGAUGGUUCCUUUACUACUAGUUUCAUAACAACUAUUGGCAUUGAUUUCAAGAUAAGAACCAUUGAGCUAGAUGGUAAGCGGAUUAAAUUACAAAUCUGGGAUACAGCUGGUCAAGAGCGAUUUCGGACUAUUACCACAGCUUACUAUCGGGGAGCCAUGGGUAUUUUGCUGGUUUAUGAUGUUACUGAUGAGUCAUCUUUCAACAAUAUUAAGAACUGGAUUCGCAAUAUCGAACAACAUGCUUCAGACAAUGUCAACAAGAUACUGGUUGGAAACAAGGCUGACAUAUAUGAGAGCAAAAGAGCUGUUCCAACCUCGAAGGGUCAAGCUUUGGCUGAUGAGUAUGGUAUCAAGUUCUUUGAAACCAGUUCAAAGACAAAUUUGAAUGUGGAGGAGGUUUUCUUUUCGAUAGCCCGGGAUAUUAAGCAAAGGCUUGAAGAAUCAGAUAACAAGGCCGAGCCGACGACACUCAAAAUUAAUCAGCAAGACCCUGCUGCAAGUAGUGGUGCAGCCGCUCAAAAGUCGAGUUGCUGUGGAUCGUAAAGGGAAUAAAAAGGAGAUUACUCACAGUGUGGUUUACAAAUCACUCAAAUGUAAAACUAAUUUCGACUACUUUGUGGUGUGUUUUUUUUUCCCGUUUUCCGACUG